GAACGUGAUUAUUUUAUUAGGCGAAAAUUUAAUAGAUAUAGCACUAGUUUUCGGUAUUGUACUGUUUUUUUAUUUUCUUUUCGUAAAACAAUGUUACGCUGUACGAAUGAUUUUCAAUGAUACCAAGGCAUUCGUUAAAAAUUUAAUACCUCACAUAAUAUAUUUUGUAAUAUGUUGGCAAAUGACUAUUGCGUUGCAGAAGUUAAUCACUUCCCAUCGAACCCUAAUUGAUAUUAUCAUGACAAAUUAUUUUACGUCAAAAGUUAUUUUUACAAUUAUAAUUGUAAUAACGAAGCAUUAUUUAUACAGAGCGCAAUCUCAUUACAUUAAAAUUCCCUUGUUCAUUGGUGUUAUACUUACCUCAGCUAUUUCCGAAUCGAUGUGUCAAGAUAAAUAUGAAGCUGAAGCCAUCAAUACAACUCUAUUACUAAUAUUCUGGUUAACAGCACUAGUACUGACAGCUCCUGAAAAUACGUACCAAAGUCUUAUGCUAUCUGAACAAAUUACGUGGAAAAGAUGGUCUAUAAUAUAUGGUUUGACUACAAGUAUAUGCUAUACAUGGUUAAAAUCAUGUUACCAAGAUAUCAUCUACACAGUGCUAAAAGUUCUAGUAGUACAUAUUCAGCUUGUCUUUUUGUGUGUAACGUACUUUUCAGAUGGUCAGCAAUUAUUAAAAAAUAUCAGUGGUAGAGGAUCAUACAAUGCAAUGGCAGAUUCAGUAGAUCUAUACUUUACAUUGGAUUCAAUAUUAUCUCGAAUCAAUGUGUACAACAUGCUGAAAUUAUAGUACAAAGACAUUUGUGAAAUACUAAUAGAAAAUCUAAAAAAUCAUAUUGGUGUUCACCAAAAUGAUAAACUUAAACACAAUUAACACUGAGCAAAUUUUUAACUGAAAAAAUUCACAUAUGUAGUCAUCAUAUCAUUAAAAAUUUGAAUAAAAAUACAUUUUAUUACAUAAAGCCUAAA